ACAUGAGUGUGAGUUAUUAAUAUCUUAAUAUUUAUUGCACUUGGUUGUAUUUAUAGCAUAUACGUGUAUAUUAAAUGAAAUGAUCACAGAUUAUUUAGACAAUCAUCUGGAUAAACUAAGAUUAUAUUACUGAUAUAACAUCAAGCUAACACUUUCAGUUUCUCUUCCCACUCGAACAAUGACUUUUAAACCGGCAGGAGGAAGAAGCGCAACGUUUUCUUGUCGCGUAUGAUCUGCGCGCGCUCUGGUCUAGCGCUCGUCCACAGUUGCCUUAGCUCGAGUACAUAGACUGGAUCAAAUAAAAUUAUAUUUUUGUCCCUUUUGAAACACCGUAAAUUCAACUAGUUUAGCCUACGUAAUCUCGAGACUCGGCGGCAGGCGUAUUAAGUUAUUCAAUUAAAUACUCCUCAUUUGAAGGGGCCAAUAAUAAUAAUAGUAAUUAAAAAAAUCGUCACAGGAAUUGUCGUUUAAAUCUUUCUAAUCAGCUAAGAUGAUGACCUUCUUUUUUAAAGCAAAGUGACGCGCGUGUUUCCCUGUAUUGAGGAGAGCAGCUUCACGCGCAGCAAGAGACAGACCGAGCAAGAUAUACUGUGAUCACUGAGACUGCAAGAUGAGAAGAGGAGAGAUUAAUUGACCUAGUCAAUUAAUUGAAAAAAAAAUAAAAUAAAAAAUGGCAUCAGCACAACACGAGCCUGAUGAAGCACCUGAUUCAGAAGAUCUAAGGAUUGUGCUGUUGGGAGUCUCUGGAGCUGGGAAGAGUCCAACAGGAAAUGCAAUACUGGGUCGAGAGGUGUUUAAAGAGAGCAGAACCAGAGAGAGUGAGAUACAGAGAGGAAGAGUAGAAGACAGAAACAUCUCCAUCAUCGACACUCCAGGAUUCUUCAACACUCACCUGACUGAUGAAGAGAUGAAGAAGCAGAUGAUGAAGAGUCUGUACCUCUCUGAUCCUGGUCCUCACGUGUUCCUGCUCGUCAUCAACCUGGAGAACUUUGAGGAGGAGCAGAGGAACAUUGUGCAGAAAAUUCAGGAAUACUUUGGAGAAGAAUCUUUGCUCUUCACUAUGGUGCUUUUUAUCGGACGGGAAAAAAUUUCCAAAAGAAAAUGUACUCAAAUUAUUGAGAGUGAAGAAACACAGAAAAUACUGAACAAUUUUAAAGGAAGAUUUCAAGUGAUUAACAGCAAAAAUGAGUGUGAUCCCAACCAGAUCACAAAGCUUCUGAAGAGUAUUGAUGAAAUGGUGAAGAACAACGGAGGACAAAACUACAGCAAUGAGAUCUACCUGAAGAACCAGUUAAAACUCAGAGAGCAGAAGGAGAGCGUGAAAUACAAAGAAAAGAGACAGAAACAGGAAGAAGAGAUAAUGAAACAAGAACAGAUGUGGAAAAGACAAGAGAAGAGAGAUGCAUGGAAGCAGGGAGAAGAGAAAAAUCAAGAGGAGGAAAUAAAAACCAAACACAAAGAAGAGAAAAUAAAAGACCAUAAUGAGAAGAAGAAAGAGGAUGUGAAGGAGAGAGCACAAUAUCUGAAAGUGAAGGAAGAUCUCAGGAAACAAAUGGAAAGUCGCACAGAGAAAGAAAGACAAAGAUGGGCACUCGAAAGAAGAAUGACACCAAGACAUUCAAGGCUAGAUCUGAGGAUUGUUGUCCUUGGUAAAAUUGAUGUGGGGAAGACUGCAACAGCAAACACCAUCCUGGGUAGAGAUGCAUUUAGAGCAGGGGCUCAGUCUGGUACAUUAACCUGUGAGAAACAAAAAGCGGUGGUGUCUGGAAGAACCAUCUCAAUCACUGAUACUACAGGAAUGUUAGAUUUCCACUUUCAGCAUAAACUUAAACGUGAUAUUGAGGAAUGUUUAGAAAUGUCUGCUCCUGGUCCUCAUGUGUUUCUGCUGGUCAUCAGACUGAAUGGGAGAUACACAGAGGAGGAGAAAAACACUGUGAAAUGGAUUCAGGAGAACUUUGGAGAAGAAGCUGUACGUCACACUUUUAUUCUGUUCACUCAUGUGGAUUUGCUGAUGGAUGAAUCACUGGAUCAGUAUAUUAGGAAAAGCCCUGAUCUACAGUCACUGAUUGACAGCUGUGGUAGAAGAUUUCACUCAUUCAACAAUCAAGACAGACACAAUCAAAAUCAGGUCAUGGAACUGCUGGAGAAGAUUGAUCAACUGAUUAAAAACAAUGGAGGAGAACAUUACGCUAAUGAAAUGAGUCAAAGGGCUCAGAAACAAGAUGAGAAGAGACAAAACAAUAGUGAAGAGGCCACAGAGAGGCAGCGGAGGUUACAAGGACUACGUAGACAAAGAGAUCUCUUGGGUCUCAUGAUGGGUCUUGAGUUAAGUAAAAUGGCUCUGAGAUCAUCACUAGAAACAGCAAUGAUGCACAGAAAUCUUUCAAGACAAGAUCUGAGGUUUGUGCUGCUGGGUUUACUGGGAUCAGGAAAGAGUUCAACAGGAAACACCAUCCUGAACAGAGAUGCAUUCAGAGCUGGUUUAAUGACAACCACCAGGAGCUCUGAGAAACAAGAAGCAGUAGUGUUUGGAAGAACCAUCUCAAUAAUAGACACUCCAGGACUGUUAUUGUCCUUCUUGCUCAUGAAUAUUCAGGAUCAUGAUCAUUAUAAGAUUGAGAAAAGCUUAGAGUUGUCUGUUCCUGGCCCUCAUGUGUUUCUGCUUGUGAUCAACCUGUUGGGAUUCACAGAGGAGGAGAAGAACACAGUGAAAUGGUUUGAGGAAAACCUUGAAAAAGAUGCUUUAAAUCGCACAAUCAUUCUUUUCACUCAUGGUGAUUUGUUGAAUUUCCUAAUAGAUGAACCUUUGAUUGAGUAUAUUGAAAAAAAACACAAUGACCUAAAGUCACUGAUUGACAGCUGUGGUGGAAGAUAUCACUCAUUUGACAAUGAUGAAAUGCAGAACCGCUUUCAGGUCAUAGAACUGAUGAUGAAGAUUGAUGAAAUGAUGGAGAAAAAUGGAGGAGGACACUACACCAAACGCAACAUCUUUAAAAGAAAACAAGAUGAUUCGGGUUGUGAAAUACAAUAAAAUGUCUGUAGGUGGGGGGGGUCUAUUACCUUUCACACCAAGAAUGAUAACUAUAACAAUAAAUAUAAAGGUUUAAAAAUUCACACCGCAGAUACACAGAAGAAAAAUAUCAUUGGAAUCACUUUCAGAGCAAUUUAUUAAGUCAUGAGGCUAAAUAUAUCAGACAGCCAUCUAGUCUUGUCAUCUUCAUCGAUUAUUGCAACACUUUGGCCAAGUAAUAGAACUAGUAUUAGAUUUGUUUUCAAAAGCAUAUAAAUUUUAGUCCUGCAAGAAAAUGUAUGUUAGUUAUGGUUAAUUAAAAAUUUCCUUCACAACCUAUUGUAACACCCGCAUCCAGAUGACAGAUUUUAGUGGUAAAGGCCCAUUGACGCAGAGAAUGAUAACUAUAAUCUUAACUGUAUUAGCAUCCACAUCAAUGAUGAUAACAUUAUAUUUAUUUUAAUGUCCUUUUCUGUGAAUGUUACUGCAGUGUGCACUGUCAAAUGGAUUAUUUAUUGUUUAAAGGGUUAGUUCACCCAAAAAAAUUGAAUUUCUGCCAUUAAUUACUCACCCUCAUGUUGUUCCACACCCUUAAGACCUUUGUUCAUCUUAACACCAAUUAAGAUAUUUUUGAUGAAAUCCGAGAGGUAUAUGACUUGUCCAUAGACAGCAAUAUAAUCAACACUUUCUAAGUCCAUAAAGGUACUAAAGACAUUGUUAAAACAGUCGAUAAGCCUGUCACGAUAACUACUUUUCGUUGUGUGAUAUAUUGUCCCAGAAAUAAUUGCAAUAAAUGGUAUCAUUGUAAUUUUAAGACCAUUUUAUGACACUGAAUACAUAAACAUAAUAUAAUGGCAUAACAAAGCAAGUAGGCCUACAUACUUUCAAAUGACAAUAACUUUUUUAAUUUUUUAGACCAUAGAAAUUAAAUAUCCUAAAUAAAUAAACUUGAAUAAAAAGUAAAAGUAAACUUUUUUUUUUUUUUUUUUUUUUUUUUAAGUGCAAAGUAGAAAAAAACACACUUGAAAAUUACUGAUUUUUCCCUGUCCGUCUUUUCUCUGUAAAGUAAGGGUGCACACUAUUUCUGAAAAAACAAACCUUACUUAGCAGUCAGAUGUCCAUAUGAACAAAGGCACAGAUGCCUCAACAGGCCAUAUCUGCUGUUAAAACUGCUGUUUUAGUGGCACCAUUUUGCUCUGUGACAUUUAUAUUUGAACCGGAACAUUGGAUUGCAGCUUUGACAUAAUGGGCGAUAUAUUGCAUCACCAAAAAUUAUUGAGGUCAUGUACAUAUAUUGUGCAAUAUGUUGAUAUAUGGACUAUUGCGACGGGCAUAACAGUCAACAUGACUGCAGUGGUUCAAACUUAAUGUUAUGAAGCGACGAGAAUACUUUUUGUGUGCAAAAACAAAUAAGAAAUUAAUGACUUAUUCGACAAUCUCAACAAGCUAAGGUAGUCAGAAAUUAGCUUUUGCCCAGUAACAGAGGUUGGCUGGAUUGCAUAUAUGAAGAGCCAAUCAUAUUAGAACGUUUUGCAUGUUUGUUCCUGAGUGAUUGAUUACAAAGUAAGCCCUUUAAUUUGUAUCUUUGCAGCUCAUUUUAUACUAAUCUUGUUUAUGCUAUUGAAUUCUUGUGGUACUGAUUGCUAUUUGUAACAGAUUCAUAUACAGAUUUUCUACUUGUUAUGCCCCAUAAAUGUGACUUGUACUUCACGUUGUACUGUUUGAAAUACAGUUUAUGAACCUACUUAUUUGUUCCUUAUUGAUUUUUAAUUUUAGACCUAUCAGCAUGCAAACAGAAUAACCUGAAUAAAACUUUGAACGGCGACAUCAAACUUGCCUUUGUUUCUCUUCUCUAACUGCACUCUUAGAAGAAAAGGUUCUAUAUAGAACCAAAAAAGGUUCUAUUAGGCGCUACAUAUAUGGAACCCCUAAACGAUUCUAUAUAGAACCCCAAAGAACCUUUUUUUCUAAGAGUGUGGAAACACAACCAGCAGCAGUUUUUUUUUUUUUUUUUUGUCAAAACACCUGACACAGCAAGUUUCAUUCACAUUUGAUAUUUUCAAUUUAAAUAAGGCCAGCAAACACUCUAAAUACACUAGUUCAUUAUUGACUCUUUUAGCAUAUCUUUUGUGAGGUGGUAAUAGCAGUUUGGGAGGAGCAGAAAGUGUCAUGAUGAGUAAUGAGUCAAGAAUGAGUGCACAAACACAAACACAUUCCAGCUUGAAACUGGAGCACCUGCAACAACGUAUUUCAGGUUUGUCAGAAGUGCGUAUUGAAAUUCGAGUCAUAUUUGUUUCCGUGAGACUGUUUUAAGAAUGAAUGAUGUCAAAUGAAAGGGUGAGUCACCCUUAAUGACACUCAUGAGAACCAGAUCUGUCAGAGAACAACAAAACACUGCACCCAAAAUAAAUAUUACAUUCUUUCAAGGU